GGAAGUGACAGAGCGAGCAUGCCCGCGUCUGCCCGGCGGCAUGAAGCUGACGAAGUGAAUUGCAGGGCAAGCCCUGUCUUUCUCCCACACUGGGCGGGCUGGCUGAAAGAGGGAAGUGGGACAAGUUGGAUUCUAGUCACGCACGGGUUUUUGACAACCUCUGGACUAUCCCCCACCUCCUCCUCCUCCAUCUGACUGGAGACUCCGACAGGAGCCGGACAGGCGGACGUCUCGCCGCCCGGCCACUCGCGCCGGUGUGAGCUGAGUCCACACGCUGCCGCUUGAAAGGAGUUAAACGUCAACAAAAAGAAGGAUGCCCGUGGCUUUGGGGGACUGACCGUGGUGCGGACGCUUUAUUUAUCUUUACUGACUGGAAAGGUACUUUCAAAGCGCGUGUGUGUGUGAGAGAGCGAGUGAGGGACAAGCCAGUCGCGAUGCAGAGCUGCCUCUGGUGCCUUGUUUUGGUGGCCGGGUUGUUGCCACUGCUGCUCCCGGGCGCGGCUACAGCUACAGCCACGGACACCUGGCCGCGCACAACCUACCGACACCACGCCGUGCUGGAUGCAAACGGCAAAUACCACCUCCGGUGGGACCACCACGCCGCCAGGAUCACCUUCGAGGUGGAAGUGGAAACCAGGGGCUACGUCGGUCUUGGGAUCUCUCCAACGGGAUCCAUGGCUCGGUCUGACAUGAUCGUUGGAGGAGUCGCUAAUGGUCGCCCUUAUCUCAAGGAUUAUAAUACCUUGAACAUUGAUGGAAAAUUGAAUAAGGAUUAUCAACAAGAUUAUCACCUUGAAUAUGGCAUGGAAAAUGAUACACAUACAAUCAUUGCCUUCUCAAGAGAUUUGAAUACUUGUGACAAUGAAGAUAAGAUCAUAACGGAGAAUACAGUUAGGGUGAUAUGGGCCUAUCAUCCAGAUGAUGUGGGGCAAGAUGGUCCACAAUAUCACUCGUCAAACUGUGGAAGAAAAAGUCUUCAUUUGCUAAACCCUGAAAUGGAAACUUCAAUUCCUAGUGAUGUACUUACUUUCAACAUAAGACAUCAAAACGUCCUGAUACCUGAAAAAGGUACAACUUACUGGUGUCAAAUCUUUAAGCUGCCAACCUUGACCAAAAAACAUCAUGUAAUAAAAGUUGAUCCUAUAAUUCAGAAAGGGCAUGAACAUUUGGUACAUCACAUUCUCCUUUAUCAGUGCCACAACAGCUUGAAUGACAGUGCCCUUGACAUUGGACAUGAAUGCUACCAUUCCAAUAUGCCAGAUGAUUUUUUAUAUUGUGAAAGUAUCAUUAUGGCAUGGGCAAUCGGAGGAAAGGGAUUUUCCUUUCCUCCUGACGUUGGGCUUUCGCUUGGAACCGCAGAUGAUCCCACAUAUGUGUUGAUGGAAGUGCAUUAUGAUAACCCAGGCUUUCAGCAAGGAUACGUAGACAGCUCUGGUUUAAAGCUGAUCUACACACCAACGCUGAGGAAGUAUGAUGCUGGAAUUAUUGAAACUGGUGUCUGGGUUAGCCUUUACCACAUGAUACCACCUGACAUGCCAAACUAUAUUUCACAAGGUCAUUGCAGCAUGGAAUGCCUACAAGAAGCAUUGUCUGAGGAAAAGCCAUCUGGGAUCCAUGUGUUUGCUGUUCUUCUCCAUUCGCAUCUUGCAGGACGAGCCCUGAGAGUACGGCAUUUCAGACAAAGUGUAGAGCAACCUCUCCUUGCAUACGAUGAUGAAUUUGACUUCAAUUUUCAAGAAUUCCGCUACAUGAAAGAGGAAAGAGUUCUUCUGCCGGGUGAUAGUUUGGUAACUGAAUGCGAAUAUAACACCAGAUCACGCAGGAAUAUGACAUGGGGUGGCCUAAGUACAAGAGAUGAAAUGUGCUUGUCUUACUUACUAUACUACCCAAAAAUAGAUCUUUCCCGAUGUGAAAGUCUUCCUGAAAUAGCUCCACAGUUGAAAUUUAUUGGAGUGAAAGAAAUUUAUCAUCCAGUCAUGACUUGGCCAUUUAUCAUAAAAAGUCCAAAGAAGUACAAGCAUCUUUCCUUCACUGAAGCCAUGAAUAAAUUUAGAUGGUCGAGGAAGAAAGGAAGGGAAUUCAACAACCUAGUACAUGGAAUUGAGAUGAACAUUCGAUGUGCAAAACAUGAUCAACAAGAAUGGCAGGUAAAUGGCAUACCAGUAUUACCACCAGCGUUAACGCCUUGGGAACCAAAAUUGGAAUCACAGUCGGUCACCUGUGGGACAACUUGUCAGUUUCUUGAUCCACUCUCUAUACCUCUUUCACUGACUUUAUGCGCUGUAUUUACUACAGGAAUGUAAUUAAUUUAUGUAAACUUAAAUGUAUUGGAUAUUUUCAUAUU